AUCCAGAGUACUUUUGUCAGAUCUAAAGCUGAGGUCACGCCCGGCUGCCUAGCGCAGUUCACAGUCACGCUUGGCUGCCCAGCAUGGCGACCACACCACCUGGUACAGACUAAAGAGGAUUUGGGGGGCCCAGGGGGUGUGGAGGCUCUGGACUUCGGCCCGGGAGUCCAGGGGUAUCCUCUGCAGGAAGGAAGCUAUGUGCAGAACAAACACCCCGACAUUGUGUUCCAAACUGAAAUCUUGGAGGUGGAUUAUGCAGACAACUGACCGCUUCACCAAACAAGAUGGAUUAAAGUGCACACUUCUUACAUCCAUGUCAUUUGGUCCUGCCUAUUCAAAGGGUAGUUAAGCUGUAGUCUACGACCCCGCACAAAAAAUACAAACAUGAAGAGGCAGCAAUUAGGUAAAGCAGAAGAAUACAAGCAGAGGAAUUCAGGAAACCUUCUCCCGCUGCCAUGGAUCACUCUAGACUUCAUUACUCCAUAAAAGUAGUCACCUGAUUUGGCAGUCUCCAUGAAGAACAAGAACAUGAUCAUACACAUGAAUCCUUGAACCUGUGAGUUUUCAUUCCGAGGAGGAGGAGGAGGAGGAGGAGAAGGAGGAGGGGACAUAGACAUCAGGCUAGAUAUGUCACUGUCAGUUCUAUUUAUUUUGCUCGUUUCUCUAAACGUAUCAUUUGCUAAUGGUCAAUCACCUCCUGGAAAGCCCAUGAUAAACUGCCGAUCUUCAGGAAAUGAAACAUUUAUUUGCCAAUGGAAACCUCUUUCAGAUGGUGGACUUCCUACAAAUUAUACUUUACUGUACAGCACAGAAAGAAAAGAACAGACUUAUGAAUGUCCAGACUAUGUAACUGCAGGCCCCAAUUCCUGUCAUUUUGACAAAAAUCUCACCAGUCUUUGGAAAAAAUAUAACAUUACAGUAAAGGCUACCAACAGCAUGGGAAGUAACAUCUCUGACCUUUAUUAUGUGGACACAGCUUCCUUAGUUAUUCCAGACCCUCCCACAGAUGUAUCUCUGGAAGUCAAACCAUUGAAUGGAAUAAUGUAUGUGUUGGCAAAAUGGUCACCGCCUCCACUGGUUUCAAGCUGGCAAAAACAUAAUUAUGAACUGAGAGUAAAGCCUUCAGGAGGGGACGAAUGGGAGGUGCAUUUUGUUGGAGAGCAAAGGGAAUAUAAAAUGUCUCCGCGGCAUGCAGGAGUGAAAUACGUGGCUCAGGUUCGCUAUAUGACAGAACAUGGUGGAAUGAGUGCAUGGAGCCCUGAAAGUUACAUUCAGCUCCCCAAGGGCCAACCUCCAGGAAAGCCAGAGUUAAUCAGAUGCCGUUCUCCUGAAAAAGAAACCUUUAGUUGCUGGUGGAAGCCCAGUUCCGACGGAGGCCUCCCUACCAAUUAUUCUCUGUUCUAUAACAAGGAAGGACAGGAGCAAUACUAUGAAUGCCCAGACUACAAAACAUCAGGACCCAACUCCUGUUAUUUUGAUAAAAAGCAUACUUCGAUUUGGGCAAUAUAUAAUUUUACCAUAAAGGCAACGAAUGAGAUGGGAACUAAUGUUUCUGAACCAAAGUAUGUGGAUGUGACUUAUAUAGUUCAGCCAAAUGCUCCAGAAAACUUGACUCUGCACCAUGAGAAAAAAGAUUAUGAAAAAGAAUAUCUGUUGCUGGAAUGGCUUCCACCUUCGCAGACCGAUGUUGGAUCUGGCUGGAUAACACUUGAAUAUGAGCUGCGCAUAAAACCAGGAGAAGGACAGGAGUGGGACGAUAUAUAUGUUGGGCAGAGAACAUCACAUAAGAUAUUUAGUUUAAACCCAGGAGAAAAAUACAUUGCUCAAGUUCGCUGCAAACCAGACCAUGGAGAAUGGAGUGAGUGGAGCUCUGAGAGUUAUAUUCAGCUCCGAAAAGAAGUCAGAGUGAAGGAUAUGCUUGUUUGGAUCUUUGUGGCUUUUUUAUUAUUUGUCAUUUGUUUGAUCAUGAUCUGGACAAUGGCUUUGAAAAGAAUUAAUAUGGUGGCCUGCAUUCUGCCACCAGUUCCAGGACCAAAGAUAAAAGGCUUUGAUGCCAAUCUACUAGAGGCAGGAAAAAAUGAAGAGUUACUGAGUGCUCUUGGCUGCCAAGGUUUCCCUCCAACAUCAGAUUAUGACGAACUGCUGGUAGAAUAUUUGGAGAUAGAUGACAGCGAAGACCAGCAACUAAUGCCAAGCAACGAGAAGAAUCAUCCCAAUAAAAAUGCAAAGUUGGGACACAAGGAAACAGACAAUGACUCUGGAAGAGGAAGCUGUGAGAGUCCUUCUCUGGUGCCUGAGAAGUGCAGAGAAGCCAGAAAUACAUGCUUGGUGCUGAAAAGACCAGAUAGCAGCAACAUGCAAGAGGAUGUUGAUAGAAAACGCAUGUGGGAAACGCCAAACAGAGACUCUGAUGGACAGUUUCCCUGCUUUAGCAGUGGUAGAUCUAAGUCAUCCACAUCACCUGGAGCUCAGCAAGAAACUAGUCAGACUCCUAAAUGUUCGUAUCAUGACACUGUGGAGAUAAGUAAAAUGUCAAUUAGCACCAUGAAUGUAAAUAGCCCAUCCAGUUUGAUGGAGAAUGAAGAAAAGUGUUGUUCUCAGGGUGACCAGGAGGUAUUAUGGUUACUUCCUCCAGAGGAGUCGCCUUUCUUGUUUUCAAAGCCCAUGGAUUACGUAGAAGUUCACAAAGUCAAUCAGAAUGGAGCCCUGGCUGUAUUACCCAAACAGAAAGAAGAGCCAAAGGAAUAUACCAAGGUUUCAACAGUUGUAGCCAACCAUCUUCUCGUCUUAAUGCCAGAUCCCAAAUUGGAUGCUUUGCCUUCUUUUCAGGAAUUGCCAAAGGAAUCCACCCAGAGUUGUCAACAGAGGCAAGCAGAGAAAAAUAUGAGCUAUUGUCUCACAGCUCCGAGCACAUGCAAAGUACAGAUUGGUGGGUUAGACUACAUGGAUCCAAAUAAUUUUAUGUGUACCUUUAAUUAAUGGAAAGGUCGGUUAUCCUUCUACAGGUAACACAACAAUAAAACGAACACUGUUGACACAAAAUUGCUUAAAUAACUGAUUUAGCUCCAUUGUAGCUCACGCCUUUUUACGCUUUAUAUUCAGUCCGUCAGGAAUAUGCUGAUGACUGAUUGCAGAUCAAUAUUUUUUUCUAUCUGUGAUUUUUAGAGUUAUUUAUGUGAAGAAUUAUUUACAAGAAAUAAAAGGUACAUGGCAUGUGCAUGUGUACACACACACACACACAUUUCUGACAGUGAUUUAUGCAGUAAAGGAGUAGCAUAGUGGCUGAGAGACUGAGGCUUGUGUCAGGACUUCCUUGGUUCAAAUCUCACUUAUGCCAUGAACUGACUCGAUUACCUUAGGUUAACCUCUCAGCUUUCACUGCAAUGGCACUUUCCAGAUUAGCUGCUCAACAGUGGCAAAAUACUUCCAUUCAGGCAAAUAGCAUUCAAAACAUAAAUAGCAAAGUGCCCAGCAGGGGGGGCAGUCUCGCAAAAACUAACAACCUGAAAAAAACCGCAACUUUUUAACGCCGGAUAUACAACAUUAUAGCACUAUAUCGCAGUGAUUAAAUUCGAAACAAGGCAUUGGAAAUAUGAACGGCACCCUGCUGUCAGCGUAGGGACUGCGGUGUCACAAUGCAGGAAGUGUGGAAACACACUUCAGAGAUGCACCGUGACCCCAUUGCAGGGUCUAAUCUGGAAAGCACCAAUGUGGGGAUAAUAAUACUUACUUCACAGGUUUGUUUUAAGCAUUGCAAUUCAUAGGAAGUGCUUUGAAUGCUCAGAAGCACUAUGAGAAGUAUAAUUAAACCUCGGAUCAUUAUAAAACCUUGCUGGUUAAGAACUAGAGGGUUGCUCUUUUCAAGUACUAUGAGAAAUUACAUGGCAAUCAGGUUCUUGAGCUAUACCAGUGGUGUCCAACUUGUGUUUGGCAUGUCUGCCACACAGCUCAAGGAAAGAAGGGGUCACUCCUGUGUCCGGGGUCAAGUGCAUCAUGCUUUUUUUAGAGGGAGGACUUUCCCCUGUAUUUACUGAGCCAGGGAGCAGACCACUGUGCAGGAGAGACAAGCAGGAGCACAGACCUCACCCUGGGCCACAGCUAACCCCAGGGCUUCCUGUCCCGGAGUGCCACAAACUCCUGCAACUUGGAGGAGUGCCACAAACGCCUGCAACUGUGGCAUCUGGGGCACAAGCUGGCCACCCAAAAACUGCACAUUGUUGCUGCUGGAGUAAAUCUAGCCAAACAACAAUUUCGAUAAAAAGUAUAUACAUGGUAGAAGGACACAACUGUAAUGGAUUACAAGUACCCAGCUGUUGUUCAUGCAGUUUCUGUGGCAUGCCGCUAAUGAAAAAUUGCAAAUUUAUUUUUGUUUACAAUGUAUAUUUUUAGCACAUUUUAAAGGCUAGUAUAGUUUUUCUAUUAUAUAUUUUUUUCUCUUUUUUUCAGAAAAGGGAAAAAACCACCCUAGUUUUUCAAAUGAUAUUAAAAGAUAAUAUAUUGAAAGUAUUCCUAGCCAAAGAGUAAAAUCCUCUCUAUAUAUUUUCCUGUUGAUUUUAAUAUGUGAUAAAUUAUUGUACAAUCUCUUUGCUGUGUAAUCAUCCCCUCAAACUACUAACUUCAAAAAUUGGCAAGGAGAGCUGGUCCUGUGGUAGCAAGCAUGACUCGUCCCCUUAGCUAAGCAGGGUCUGCCCUGGUGGCAUAUGAAUGGGAGACUUGAUGGGUGAGCACUGUAAGAUAUUCCCCUUAGGGGAUGGAGCCGCUCUGGGAAGAGCAUCUAGGUUCCAAGUUCCCUCCCUGGCAUCUCCAAGAUAGGGCUGAGAGAGGUUCCUGCCUACAACCUUGGAGAAGCCACUGCCCGUCUGUGAAGACAAUACUGAGCUAGAAAGACCAGUGGUCUGACUCAGUAUAUGGUAGCUUCCUAUGUUCCUAAAUAAACCUCAUUGGCACCCGUGGGAUUACUUAUAAGGAAGUGGUUUCAGGAUUGGAGCAUUUGAGGAAAGAGGGCAUCUAAACUAGCUUGUUCCUAUAGCUAUAAGAAUAAUCCCAUAACAGUUUCAUUUACUGCCUUAUUGUACAUAAAAUGUCUACUUUAAUACAAACCUGAUAUAUCUUCACAGACUAUUUUUCUAUUAAUAAAAAUAAACUAUUUUCUAAUUUCCCAGAGCAAUUAACAAAAAGCUCUACAGGUGGUCCUCAUUAUUUGCAGGGGUUCCUUUCCAGCCUACAACUGAGGAUAACAAAACCGUAAAUAAUGAGACCACAAGUCUAUGGGAAUCUGGGGGUGUGGGCGGGUUUAGGUUCCUUGAGCCUAAUAAAGGUCCCCAAAAAAGCAGAAAUAAAGGGAAUGAAGCACAGUAUCUUGCUCUCCAGAAAGGCCUCCCCAAACCCACAAAUCCAAAGUUUUUGAGAUUUUUUUCAGAAAUUCUUGGGGCCACAAAAUGGCUUCAUUCCAAAAUGGCUCCAUGCUGCAAGAUGGUGGCUGGAAAUGACACCGGAAGUCAUUUUUGGCCAACCAGGAACUGUAGAUAGGCAAAUUUUGCCCGCGUUUUCAAUCACGGACAACAAGGUCAGGUUUGCAUUGCCCAGCCACAGAUACGCGAAACCAUGUGUGCCAGGACCACAGAUAAUGAGGGCCACCUGUAUUGCCUCUUUUCUGCCUCAACAAGCAGAAGAAGAGAUGCAGAUAGCAUGUCUGUAAUAAAAUUCUGUUGUGGUGAGGAUAAUGUUGAAUUUGUGUCUAAUUGUCAUUUUGAGGUCCAAGGUCCUUCUGUCACAUCUCAGGGCACCUAGAUCCUUUGGCUGUUUUCGGUUCAGGGACUGGCACCAAGAGCUCCCUCCAGAAGUUAGCCUCAUAUUCAACUGAACACAGAGAGAGGAAGUGCAGAAGUGCACUGGAUAAUAGCCGUGCCCCCUGUGCUGAUGUGCUCUUAAGCCGCACACCCCACACCUCCCGAUGUUCAGCACUUGUUUGCAGUGUGAUAACCGCUGAAUACAGGGAGAGUUCCUCACCCUGAUUGGUAUCACUGGCUGACCAGAGGAACUCUCCCUACCUUAUAGAGCUUGCCUCUGCAGACAAGCACUGAAUGCAGAGAAACCUGGAAGGCAUGCCCAGGAAACAUGUCGAUGUGGGGGGCUUGACUAGCUAGCGUGCUCCCAUCCCCCCUCUUCUUGACACAUUUGAGCUAACUCCUGAACAGGGCUAAGGCAAUUCAGAAAAGGUAGCAGGGACUCACCAGACCUCACACCAGUGGCUAGAGCAAACUGGCUCAACUUGUAACCCGCAAACCAAACACAGCCUCACCAUCUAUGCCAACCCACAAGGGGCUUAAUAAACUUCCCGAUUUGCUGCCUGCCUGGGACUGCAAAACCAGGAAAAGCUGUCAAGCACCUAGCAGACGAUAAUGCAUGGAUGUGCAGGGGCUGCAUUUGGUUUGGUGAGUUACACAUUGUACAGGCCAGCCUGGGCCGAGGGAGACCUGAGUUCAAAUCCCUGUUCAUUCACAAAGCAAGUCAACAGUCUAAAUCUAUCCUGCUAUGAAGAGAAAAAAAAAACAUAGAUAAGCUGCCCCAAGCACACUGGAAGUGUGGGGUAUGUGAAAAGCUCCCCACCAGUAUCUGCAAGAAGCUGCCUCUGUCCGUGUUGUAACAAAAAAGACAGUCACACAAUCUAGCAGUAUUCAUUCGGUCUCCCAAUCUCUUUAGCCUCUUCACUUGUGUUAACACAAGAUUCUAUAUCCAUGAAAAUUAGAACCGUUAUUUAAAUGUAGGCUACCUUUUGAGAUUUUUUUUAAAAAACUAUCAUUGUUGUCAUUUAUACUUUUAAAUAUAAAGUCUUGCAGUUGUAAACAUAAACGGUCCCCUUUAAAAAGACCAAUUUGUUCUCUACAUAAAAGGUUUGGAUUUUUUUAAAAAAAAAUCUCUUUGGAUUAAAUAUUUUAUAUGAAUAAAAUAUCUGCUUUUGUGCAGCAAUAUUGCUGGCAGUCAAGUUUGUAUGCUUAUAUUUUCUAAGUAGGCUGGCUAUUCAUGUAUACCUUGUGCAAAACUAAGAUAUCCAGCUCAAAUAUUUUCUACAUAAUUUCCUGGAUUGUUUUAAAAAAAAAUCUUUGUGGUAAAUUGGGUAACUGGGGUGUGCCCCCCCCAAAAAAAAUAUGAUUAUUGAUGAAUAAUUGAUUAUGGAUAAGAUUUGAAGUAUAAUUCAAGAUCUGAAUCUAACUCAGCAAAGAGGCACUUUUUUAAAGUGGUAAUUCUCUUUAUUGAGCAGGGGGAGAGCAACUGGCCCUAUCUAGCCCCAGCACAGCAUCCCUCCAGUGGCUGUUGCUGGAGUCUACCUUCUGUUUCUUUUUAAAUGGUGAGCCCUUUGGGGACAGAGAGUCAUUUUUAUUUAUUUAUUUUUGUUUCUCUAUGUAAACCACUUUGGGAACUUUUGUUGAAAAGCAGUAUAUAAAUAUUCAUCGUCGUCGUAAUAUAUUCUUUAUGGCAUAGAGUAAUGUUUUAAGGAACUAUCUUUUUCCCCCAAGCCCUGCUUUUUAUUGCAGAGAGAGAGAGAGAGAGAGAGAGAGAGAGAGCGAGCGAGAGAGAGAGAGAGAGCGCAUGCAGCGUCAGCAAAACUGCUGAAGUAGCAAAUUCUGUCCUAAUUUUUUUGAUGUAGUUUUGUAUAAAGUGUGCCAUCAAGUCAAUUUUGACUCCUGGUGCCCACAGAGCUCUGUGGUGUUCUUUGGUAAAACCACAGGAGGGGUUUACCUUUGCCUCUUCCCGCACAGUAUUAGAUGAUGCCUUUCAGCAUCUUCCUAUUUCGCCGCUGCCUGAUAUAGGUGUUUUUCCAUAGUCUGGGAACCAGCGGGAAUUCAAACCAGCAGCCGUCAAGCAUUUCCCGCUGCGCCACUUAAGGUGGUUUUGUAUAGCAAUGUCAAACUAUAUGUAUUUAAUAGCUUCUGGGUGUCAGUCAUGUAUUCGAUACCUGUAAUUACCACUUGUUAAAACACAAUUUGUUGGAGGGCUUGGGGGGGGCAUAUAAAUAAUACACCUUUUCUAUUAUUGGGGCCAACAUUGUUGGUUCUAAUGUAAAAGCAGAGGAGGCUUUAACCUCUUGCUUCUGUCACCAUACAGAUCUGGAUCAAGGGGCCUCUUUGCCCCCAAAGAAAAGCUCCCCUUGGCACCAGUGGAAGGUUUUUCCAGUUCAACAGCUGUGUUGGGGGGUGGUGCAGUCUGGAUCAAGACUGUGAUAGGGGUAAAGGGUUAAAGCCCCACCCCUCCCACAGACUCGGUCUGGACUGGGAAGCCCAGCAUGUGCUAUUUACACCAGAAAUACCAAGCACAGAGGUCACAAUCACACAACAUAUUGUCUAGUUUGACCCUAAAUCCCACAUAACUCUGGGAUUGCUUCUGUGUGAACCCAGAUGGGUCUGGGCUGCCUAUCUACUGGGCAGUCACCUUCCACUGACCUGAGAUAAAUGCAAGUGGGGAGCAGGAAAACCAAAGUGGCCUAAGCCAGCUGUAAGUGUCUGCUGUAAAGCCAUAAAUCUGUGUUACAAUCAGAGAAAUGUGAGGGGGUUUUCCCUCCCAGCAAAUCAUACUACCUCGUGGAUUUUUGUAUGUCUACUUGCCAAUUAUUCCAAAAGGAGCAAAUUGAGCCCUUUUCAAUUGCUUAGGUAUAUGUCUGAUCAAGAGAGGCACUACUGGAGUAGCUAAAGAGCUUUCCUAAUAGCUUUUCAAAGACUGUGCAAUGAGAUGUGUGUAUUUUAAAAUGUGCAGUUGUUUUUAGUUCCAUGAUUGGCCCAGAAUGGUUUGCAGACUGAGGGCCUAACUGGAUUACGAAGAUCCAUGGUUGGACCUCCAACUCCAUACAAUUUACCAGUUAGCAGCUGUGUGGGAAGGGUGAUUCAGACUGGGACUGAGGUGCUGGGAAGGGAGGAUUUAACCCUCCCCACCCAGCACCAUUAUCCCAAUUAAAAUAGCCCCUCAGCUAUUUGCCCCAGGAGCAGGGGCGUAGCAUCGUUGGAGGGGGCCCAGAGACAAGAUUUUAAAAUGGGCCCCUCGCUGAUAUACACACACAAACACACUUCACAAUAUAUCGUGCACGCACGCUCACAUCCGCAUUAUGAAUACGGCAAAUAUCUAGUUCACAUUGAAUCUCAUUUUUUUACUCUCUGCUCCUGCCGAUCUCCAAGAGACUCAACAUAAUUCAUAGGGGGUGCAACACGGGUGGGCGGGGAGUCAUGUGAUGUGCCUCUGGGGGGGCCCUUGAGGCAGUGGGGCCCCAAGACAACUGCCUCCCCUUGCCUAAUGGUAGUUACGCCCCUGCCCAGGAGAGAAUCUCACAUGUAUAGGUGCAUACCAAUUGAUGGGGUGAUUUUUGUCAGGGAAACAGCACUUGCGGAAAGGGUUAAACCCCUCCCUCCCCCAGUGACAUAAACCUAAUCCAAAUGCCCUGCCAUGGUUGCUGUUUGCUUAAAUGUAAAGAGAUGGGAGAACUGAUCACAAGCCUUUGCAGUUUCAUUUAUUUAAAUCUCCUGUGUAUGGGUUGGGGCUGGCAGGUAAUGGAGCUGGUGGUGGCAAAGCUGAUAAAGUUGAAAGAUAAUUGUGUGCACAUGAACUGGUUCAGGACAGGGCUACCACCCAGCCAGAAUUUUGCUGGUCCGGUCACUGAAAUCAUGUUCUACAAAGUCACCAAUAUUGGGUCUAAGGAGGCAGAAAAAUCCAGAGUCUGCCCAUCUCUGCUCAUAAUCCUCCAGUUUCUGCUCUGGCUCCACCUGCUAAUUUUUUCCUAUCACCACCCCAAACCCUUCCCUCUCCCAAUUCUGUCCAAGUUCCACUCCUUAGCCUCAAAGGCAGGAUGCCUCUGAGUACCAGUUGCAGGGGAGUAACAGCAGGAGAGAGGGUAUGCCCUCAACUCCUGCUGUAGGCUUCCAGUGGCAUCUGGUGGGCCACUGUGUGAAACAGGAUGCUGGACUAGGUGGGCCUUGGGCCUGAUCCAGCAGGGCUGUUUUUAUGUGCUUAUGUUCUGAUCAAUCAGAUUCCACUUGGGCUUCACUUGCCCUCACUUUUUUCUCUGACCUUAUCCAGCGGACCAGUAUUUUUGAAAUCCACAGUUGGCAGCCCUAGUUCAGGGUGUUCGGAAAAAGACCCUGUAUGCACACAUACUAAAAGUGAGUCAGCAUACUGUUAGAGUCAAGAAAAUCAACACCAGCAUGCAAUUAAACCCGCCUGUCAUAGAAAGUAAAAUGACUGCUUUCUGUUACUGUUCCCUCUUUUUCCAUUUGCUGAUGCUUGUAAUCUGAUAGUUCUCCAUGAGUGUUUUCACAUGAAAAGCUUAAAUUUGUGUGUUGUGUGAAUGUAACACCUUCAUUAUCUUGAAAAUAGUACAGCUGAGGUCCAUGAGCCCCCUUCUCUGUAGGAGGGUAGUUGCUUGUGGAAGUGAACUUACAAGCAGCUCCUCCUGCUGCCCUCCCCAUCUGUGAAAGAGCUUCCUUUCAGAGGUCUCUUUGAUGACAUAGUGGCCUCUGGGGAAAGCCCAUUUGUGGAUGGGUUUCACCCAGACACGAGAAGGCAGAAGUGGCGUGACUGUCUUGGCAAAGCGAGUCACUCUGUUGCUGCCUUCUCCUGGCUGGCAUGCCCCACCUGCUGUUGGGAGCAUCCCCCAUACUCUCCAGAGGCCCCCCACAAUGCCACGGGGUUUUCUGGGCCAUGCUCCCACCUGCAGAUGGAGGGUCCAAGGAGAAGGCUGGGGAUUAUCUCAAUCAAAGGGAUUAUCUUGAUCAAAGGAGUCACACCAUUGCUACUUUGUAGUUAUUAUCUGGAAUUCUUUGCCCUGGGAUGUGGUGAUGGCCACCAGCUUGGAUGGCUUUAAAAGGGGCUUAGACAGAUUCAUGGUGGACAGGUCUAUCAGUGGCUACUAGUCUGGUGGCUGUGGGCCAUCUGCUCAGAGGCACGAUGCCUCUCAAUACCAGUUGCAGGGGAGCAAUAGCAGGAGAGAGGGCAUGCACAUACCUCUUGCCUGUGGGCUCCCCAGAGGCAUCUGGUGGGCCACUGUGUGAAACAGGAUGCUGGACUAGAUGGGCCUUGUGCCUGAUCCAGCAGGGCUGUUCUUAUGUUCUUAGGUACUGUCACCACAGGUGGGCACUAGGCAGGGCCUCGAGGGUUGGCCAUGGGUCUUCUGAUGGCCCUGGGUCCCCAAGGGAACUGCUUAACUUGACUGACCCCCGAGUGCUUGUAUGGCCACUUGAAGAACCUCUUGGUUUUGAUGCCAGUCAGGGUCUGCAAAACAGGAGGUGGGGUUAGUUGUCAAGCAAUUUCCAGGCCACAAGAAAUGGCUGCAGAGCUUUAUUCAACUUGGUGGGUCACAGAUUGCACAGACCUGUGCUAUUUUGUUAUUGCAGCCGAUCAAAACAUCUCCUCCCCACACCCACACCAAAGAAGUGAGAUUGGUUCUCAGUUGUCGAAGGGGAGCCAGAUGCUUUUUGUUCAAGGCUAUGCUUUUAUUACAGGGGUACUCAGUUUCCCUGAUACUCAGUAUUUUGUCUCUGUGUGGCUUUUAAUUCAAUUUAUCUUCAUUUAAUAAGAAAUAGGAAGCCGUGUCUUCUAAUGUUACAUAUUCCUGGCCUGGCAUUCUUAAUAUUGCUACUUUGUUACUGGUUCUCUUUCCAUCUUGGAAAACAGACAUUUUUCAGCCUUGUGAAAAUUCUUUACAUAUUUUGGAGGAUAUCAGAAGUCUACCGAUCCCAUGUGGUGUUCUGUAUUACUAAUAAUAUUCUACUAUAUACCUCUGGGUUCUGCCUGCAUGCUUUGCAACUUUUUCUUGUUCACCUUUCCAGUGAAAUUACAGCUAUAUUCUAUUAAAUGCUACUUUCAGACAAAGUGAGAAGUAAAUAUUAUGGGUAAAAUCUUAUGAUCUACAUUUUCCUACAGCUUCUUGCCACUCAUUUAAAUAUAAAUGUCUUCAUAUUGUUUCUUACCAGAUUAUUGUUGUUGUUGUUUCUUCUUCUUCCUUCUCCUUCUUCUAUUUCUCCUCCUCCUCCUCCUCCAAAGGCACAGUUAUUACUCUGUUUAAAGGCUUUGAAUCAUGCACUAUGUCUGUAACCAUGUAUAGCAUCUGUAAACCAAGGCAGAAUUCUGACCAUGCAUUUGGUCAAACUGUGACACAUUCAAGAUGGCAUGGGUUGGUUUUCCAGUUGGUAGAUGACUUGCAUCCUUCUUUGUAUAGGCUAAAGGAUAUGGAACAGAAGUUUAAAAAUAAAAUUUAAUAUAUUGUAUGCAGUACCCUGGUACAAAAUGAAAGCUCAGGAAUCUUUUGUUGUUUGUUAAAUGUGUUUGGAGGUCAAAUGGUUUAACUGAAAUUGUAAGUGGGAAAAUGUUUGCUCUGGUUAAGAUUGUUACUUUAAAUAAUGUCUCCCACUGGUUUUCAUGUUCAUUAUCAAUAUUGUUACAGUCAUGUACUUUUCUCUGAUGGACUUAUACUCCUUUUUCACUGUCACUUUCUUUUAUAUUAGUUUUGGGGGGCACUUUUUUGUUACCCCACAAAAUGUAAUAAACUACUUCUUGAGCAA